GGAGAACGCAAAUGCGAAUCCUACACUUUCCGAUGUCUAGCUAAUACUUCAUGAUUAAAUAUUGUGAAAAUGUCCUCGGGUGACGGAGUCGCAACGCCCGUCGCCUCCAGAAAGGUACGCUUAGCUUGCCAACGUUGCCGAGCCAAACGAGUCAAGUGUGAUGGAGGCAUACCAGCGUGCGGAAACUGCUCGCGAGCCGGCGUCUCCUGUGUUGACGUUGACGGCCGCAACGCCGGGGUUUCCAUCCCACGCGAUCAUACUGCCAAGUGCCAGGCUCGCAUCAAGUGGUUGGAAGAGAAUAUCAGACUUUUAGAUCCCGAGUUCGAUCUAUCAAAAGGGCCAAACAUCAAUCCUCACAUCUUGAAUGGUGCAGAAACGCCGACUGGAGCUAAUGAAGUGGGUGAAACAGCCCAUCUACAAAAUACCUACUCGGCAGACAGCAAUGAUCGCACAUCAGAGACAUCACACAAGAAACGUUCCUAUGCGUCUCUGCUAACUUCGGACCAAGAUCCACCGUCUGUGGAAGCGCGGUCGGUAGCAAUCGACUUGGGUAUGAUCUCACUUCAUUCAGAUUCACGGCAGCAAUCAUAUCUAGGUUCCUCAUCGGGUCUUCUUUUUACUAAACUGAUUGGUGUUGACAACGAGGCUUUAUCACGCCCUCAAUCAUCUACCCCCAGUAACACUGCGCCGCAGCACCGAAUGGCGGAACCCCGGCAUUCUACUGAAACCUACAGUCUGAUAUAUAGACAAAUAUCUAAAGAGCUCCCGGAUCCACAGGAAGCCAGCACCUUAUUUGGGAUUUAUUUUCGGGAAAUUCACAUAGAUCAUCCAUUUCUUCAUCCACAAUCUUUGAUCAAUGCGUACAAUGCUCUGGUUUUCUGCGUUGAGCUGGGAUAUAGUGGAAACAUGGACCAAAACGGUUGGAUCGAAGGGAUUACCCCGUUUCCAUAUAAUGGGAGACUCGAAAUAACUGGCGAUCAGAAUUUCAUCCCUAUUACUAUCUUCACGGCCACUUUCCAUGUAUUCAUGGUCUUUUCGUUGGCUGCAACACUUCUCACGCGGAACAAGAUAUUUGAUUUUUCCCCAACCCGAUUUCACCAAGUAGCAAUUAAUACAGCUACUGAGGGUAUUUCAAGCAUCUCACUUUCUAGCUUACAAAGUAUUCUCUUGCUUAUUGUACAGGGCAUGAUUGGACCAGCCGACUUUAAUAUAUGGACACUUAGUCACAUCGCCAUGUCUUAUUGCAUUGACCUCGGUCUUCAUCGGGAACCAACGGCCUUCACUGAUAUUUCGCCGACUACUCUCAUUCUUAGGAAGUUAAUCUUUUACACCGUUUACAAUCUUGACCGAACUAUUGCAACCAUUCAAGGCCGCCCAUUGGGUAUUCGAGACGAGACCUUUGAUAUUCAGCUUCCAGAUAUAAGGGAAGUUUCCAAUGAGAUAUUAUCAGCUACGAACGAUCCUAGCAGUAUGUGUCACUAUUUACGGGGUACCGAAGACCUUGAAAUUUCGAUUCACCGAUUCAAACUGGAUCGACACAUCUCCGAGAUCAAACUUCUCUUUUAUCAUCUGCCCAACAACAAUCAAGUCUUCACAUUUUCUAGAGAUCAUGCCGCAGAUCAGAUACGCAUCAAAGCUUCCUUAGAUGAUUGGUUUGCAAAAAUAAAGAAUACGUGCUCUUCUUUUAACAUUCACAAUGCAACGGGACGAGAAAGCUCGAAAUUGCAUUGCAAGCGCCUCAAAUUGGAAGUUCUUUAUUACGGUGCCGUUGCAUUGCUUUAUCAACCCUCUCAUGCGCUCCCUCAACCUACCCAAACGGCGCUGCAUUUUUGCUAUGAGAGCGCUUGCAAAAGGUUACACAUUUAUAACCACUUGAACGAUAUCCAAAACCUUUACUUCAACUGGCGAAACAUCCACGGUAUCUUCGCUUCCGGAGCCACUAUAAUAUUUUGUUUCUGGUCCUCACCUGAGAUCCAAUUAAUAAUUCCAUUCUCGGACGCUUUGCGCGAUUUACGCACUUGUUCGAACCUGCUCAGCAUUGGAGGGCAAUGGUGGCCAUCCGUGCGUGGAGGUAAGGAUAGCUUUGACAGAAUCGUCGACUUGACGGUGAAACGCCUGAGUUAUCUGCAGAAUAGCAAUUCAAGUUCUAGCCAAGCGCAGCUACAAAGCCAACCUCGUUACCCUCACGCCCAUUUUCUGCGUCGUUCGAAUAUAACGUCACACACAGCCAAGACACCCUUGGUUUUUCCAGAUGAAGUGACUCAUGAUAAUACUCUUUUUACGGAGCCUGCUGGAGAAUCUGAAAUCACAGCUAUAGACACCCUUAUGGAAAACUUUUUUGCCGAUUAUUUGCAAGGAGAUUGGAGCUGGGAUCCAUUCUCCGCACCGGAAACAAACAUCUAAUAUCUCUUUCACUGCGUGAGGGCCACAUAUACCAUCACCAUCGUU